AUGAAGACCCUCAUCCUCCUACUUGCGCUCGCGCUCGCCACUAUGUUCACGGUCUACGCCACUCCAGUUCAGCCGUCACACGAUGCGCCACCAAACUUGCUUCGUGAUGUCGAAAUCCCAAGGAAGUGCGUCGUCUGCUGGCGCUUCAUCGCCAAAUGCACGAAAAACACGGGUCACAACCAGAAGGUCUGCAUGAGGGAGAUGUGUGACAGGUGGAACAAGACGUGCAGCAAUUGUCGGGGUAUUGAUUGCCGCGAGAAGUAG